UCUGCGUUUGUGUUUGUCAAAACAAAAUUAAAUUAAAAACCAAAAGCUCGAGAAAUUGCCUUUGAAAUUCGGGUUUUCUAUGUGUUCGAAUGUAAGCGACGGUUCCCCGCGCACCAGUGUACAUGAACCCGUGUGUGCCAUCUGCGUUUGAAUGCCACCAAAUCUGCUGGCAGUGUUGCGCGUCUGAGCGAGAAAAAAACUGGACAUGUUUCGCUCGAAGCACUUGUGACUGCCGAAAUCUCAAUUAAAAGCGCUGCCAUGCUGCAGUACAAGAGUGCCGCCAGUGCGGCGAACAAUGCGCCCCCAACCACUCCCUCGGCAGCCGGCGGAUCCGCCAAAGCGGCGCCUCCAAGCGGACCGAGUACCGCUGCCCCACAAACCCAGGCACAGGGUGCUCCUGGAGCACCCACCAUGCAGCAGAUCAUCAACAUCCACCAGAUGCCACCCCAGUUCGCCGGCGGAGCGGUAUCUGGUGGCGGCCAGGCCUCUGGAUUGCCGCAGAAUAUGUUCCAGAUCGUCCAGCCCAUGCCCAUGCAAACGGUGAACAUCGAUGGCCAGGAGGCCAUCUUUAUACCCAACCUUAAUGCCCAGCUCGCCACAGCGCAGGCAGUGAACAUCAACGGUCAGCAAGCCUUCAUUACGCCCAGCGGUCAGAUCCUGAGGGCUCCCCAAGUGGCGCCCAAUCCGGCAGCCUCCAACUGCAUCCAGCUGCAACAGCUUAACGGGAUGGCUCAGGAGCAAACUCAGCUGAUCAGCAUACCCGGCACGAACAUUCAAAUACCCGUCACCAAUCUCAUCCAGCAGCAGCAGCAGGUGCAGCAAGUGCACCAGGGCGCAGUGCAGCAGCAUGCACAGGGAACGAAUGCUUCUGGAGCCACCGCAUCGGGCGGAGCCGCCGGCGGGACAGUGAGCCAGCUGCCUGGAAGCAUCACCAUCCCGGGCACCAACCUACAAAUACCCACCUCGGUGGCGGCGGCCAACGGAUUGCUGGGAAACAUCUCCAACCUGCUGGGUGGCGGUCAAUCCAUUAAGCUGGAGAACGGCCAGCUGCAGUUGCGUCCCCAACUGGUGCAGUUUCCGGCGCAGGCCGUGCCCCAGCAGCAACAAACGGUGGCCGUGCAAAUACCCGUGCAGACUGCUAACGGCCAGACCAUCUACCAGACGGUUCAUGUGCCUGUUCAGGCAGCGGCAACGGCCGGCGGAGGACUACAAAACCUAAUGCAGGCACAAUCCCUGCAGAUGCCCGCCGCCUCGCAGAUGCAAAUCAUCCCGCAGUUUUCGCAGAUUGCUCAGAUUGUGACGCCCAACGGGCAAAUUCAGCAGGUGCAACUGGCCAUGCCAUAUCCCCAGCUGCCGCCAAAUGCCAACAUUAUACACAUUCAGAAUCCUCACCAGCAGCAGCAGCAGCAAGUACAGCAACAACAGCAGCAGGCCCAGCAACAACAGCAGGCGCAACAGCAACAGGCACAGCAGCAGCAACAGGUCCAGGCGCAACACCAGCAGCUCCUCCAGGCCAUCAGCGAGGCCUCGGCCGGGGGACAGCUGCCGCCCAACCAGCCCAUCACCAUCACCAAUGCCCAGGGCCAACAGCUGACCGUGAUUCCCGCCCAGCUGCGUCAGAGUGCACCUCCUGCCCCUGCGCCCACUCCAGCUGCCGUGCCCACGCCGAUGCAGCUGCCCAAUCUCCAGGCAUUGCCCAUUCAGAACAUACCGGGCUUGGGUCAAGUGCAAAUCAUCCACGCCAACCAGUUGCCCCCGAAUCUACCGGCCAACUUUCAGCAGGUCCUGACCCAACUGCCCAUGUCACAGGCCCAUGUUCAGACCCAGGGCCAAGUGCAAGUGAUGCCCAAGCAGGAGCCGCAGAGUCCCACGCAUAUGAUUACCAGCAUUAAACAAGAGCCGCCGGAUACCUUUGGACCCAUCAGCGCCACCGGCAAUCCACCGGCACCCGCUUCCACGCCGAGCACAUCGACGCCGCAACAGCAGCAGAUCAAGUUCCUGCAGACGGAGGGCAGCUCCCUGUCCAGCCUGAGCAUACCAGCCUCUAUUCAGAUCACGGCGCUGCCACAGCCAACGGCGAAUCCACCGAACACCCCAGCUCCAGCCACACAAUCAAAUCCCAUGUCGCUACCGGCGAGAAGCAAAGCCAACUUGGUGAGCACCUCUAGCACUCAGAUAACAAUUGCACCAACCGGCGGCCAAGUGGUGGCUGUGACCACGCAGGCUAGGGGAGCGUCUGCCAGCAUAAGGAGCACGAACAGUGGCACGACGACGAUAACCACUCCAGCCCAGAGCAAUCUGAAUGUGAGCAUCAGUGUGGCGAGUACAGGAGGUGGUGGCUCGGGAGGCGGCGGUGCAGCGGCAGCUGGAGAGCCGAAGCCCCGCCUGAAGCGAGUUGCCUGCACCUGUCCAAACUGCACCGACGGCGAGAAGCACUCGGACAAGAAGCGCCAGCACAUCUGCCACAUCCCCGGUUGCCAGAAGGUGUACGGCAAGACCUCCCAUCUUCGAGCUCACUUGCGCUGGCACACUGGCGAACGUCCGUUCGUCUGCUCCUGGGUUUUCUGCGGCAAGCGGUUCACGCGUUCCGAUGAGCUGCAGCGCCACCGGCGGACUCACACGGGCGAAAAACGGUUCCAGUGCCGCGAGUGCAACAAGAAGUUCAUGCGCAGCGAUCACCUCUCCAAGCACAUCAAGACGCACUUCAAGAGCCGCUCCGGCGUGGAGCUCAUCGAGCUGAGCAUCAAGCAGGAGGGCAAGAGCGGCAAUGCGCCGAAGAGCAUUAGCACGAUGAGCGGCGUUGUGACGAUAGAGAUUCCGGGCGGCGGAGCGACGACGGCGGGCAGUGGAGCCUCCAGUGUGGCGGCCACGGUUGCGGGCUCAACUGUGACGCCAGGCGGGGCCACGAUCGUUCAGCUGCCGGCUGCAGAGGCCACCGGCGGAGGCGACAGUUUCGGCGAGGACGAAGAUGACGAGGAGGAUGAAGAGAUGACCGAAGAGGAUGAGGAAGAUGAAGAGGAGCUGGACGAGGACGAACUGGAUGAUGGCGAGGACGAGGAGGACGACGACGAGCCGGAACUGGACAGCGGUGAUGAGGCAAAGAUGACCAUUGCUGUUAGCGAGCCGGGCGAUAACUCGUCCAACUAGCAUUCGGAGUCGCUGUUCAUGGAACAGUUCUUGUUUGACCACUUCCCGUAGCACCCACCGCCCCCCUGCCACGCCCCGUGGGACCAUGUAAACUAGUUCUAACUGUAAAUUGUACAUAGCGUAAUUAUGUAAAAGCGAGCAUUUCAAAUGUUUAACUCCGUGUACAGUUCCGGUUGCGGAUCAUCCUAGCAUAGUGUACAUAGUAUAAAUCGAGCCUCGUAUUGUAGCUAAGAUUUUAUUAAUAAUUUUAUACAUUUUUUAGAGACUCAAUGUUUUUAACACGUUUUUUACACACCCUUCACAUAGACACAUAGAAGGAUAACGAAACUCAAUAAAAGCAAACUUCGAUUUUACAA